AUGUCUUAUGAAGAGCCGCGAUCGCACGGGGAGCAAAGAAUGGCAUUUAUUGAGGCGGCCAAGGAGAACAGGCUGGACUACGUCAGGGCCCACAAGGCCGCGGACGCAGGCCAGAGGGACGCAGACGGGAAGACGGCGCUCAUGUGGGCCGCCGAAGCCGGGCACACCGCCGUCGCCCUGGAGCUGGUCGACGCAGAGGCGGGCCUGGUCUCGAACGACGGGUCCUUCGCGCUGAUCGCGGCGGCAAAGAGGGGGAACCUCGAGCUGAUCCAGGCCCUUUUCGAGAAGGAGGGGAGGCUGCGGGACGCCGGCAAGCUCUCCGCCCUCAACCACGCCUCCAGGGCGAAGCAGUUCGAGGCGGCCAAGGUCCUCCGGCUGAAGACCAUCGAGACGAUGGACGCGGCGAUGCUGGAGCAGCUCCGGCAGAGGGUCGCGGCCACCUACACCGAGAUGGCCAAGAAGUCGCAGCAGGCCGAGGUCAAGAGCCACAACAUGGCCAUCUUCCGCUCGUUCUUCGAGGCGUUCUACUCCCUCUCCUGCUCGGGGAUCGACUAG